AUGGCUUCCAGCUUUCUUGGCACCACCACCACUAGCAAAAACAAAAGGCAGGCUUUUCUCGACGACAACGACCUCACUUCCGUUUUGGACACGGAAGCUGGCUUCUUUAGGAAAAACGCAUUCUUUUCCACCCCUUCAGGGAGAAACGGUAACAUCAGCAGCAACAACUUCAUGGCCUUUUCUCCUCGCUCUCUUCCCAUGUCUUCUUCUUCUUCUUUGAAGCCUACUAAUAUCUUUUACGACGCCCAUUGCGAAGAACCCCACCAUUUUCUCCACGCUUGCCAUCUAUGCAAGAAACCCAUCGGAGAAGACAAAGACAUCUUCAUGUAUAGGUUAGAAUUCUCGUUUUUUCUCUUCUGGAAAUGA